GCGUCACACAGAGUCGAGCAACUUCCCGUUAACAGCGGCGUUCGCGGUUCUUGCUUGCUUGGGCGGGACGCAUGCCACACCGAGAAUAUCAUGAAAUACUGAUUUUGGCGUGGCCCGGCGGCGCGGGUGAUCACGGUCGAGGGUGCUCCUUGGUGCCACAUCAGUUUCCACAAAAGCGGGAGUGGGGGGAAGGAAGUGGAUGCGUUUGCGAGGGCAAAGGCGGAAGGCCCUGUGCACGAGCGGAUGACUUCGGGAUACCAAUGUGCAUAGCACUUGGGGUCCGCGGCAGAACGAGCAGACCAGCCCGGCGCUGGAGGGCAGGCGAGUGUCUGUGUCUGCGCUAUGACGAACACAUGAUUCGAGACACUCCUGCUACGGUGAUCAAUUUCCUUCUGGCUAUGGUGGGGGUUGGGUUGAUUGGGUACGGGGCGUGGAUGCUGAAUGCAUGGUGGGCUUAUAUUCCAACCCCACCUCAGCCGCCAGUUCCACCGACGACGGGGUUUUCCUCCUCUUCCAUGAUGGGGAAAACUUCUGCCAUUGUCUCUGCAGGCCUCAACGACCUUAAGCUUCCUGCUCCGUGGUUCAUUUACGUCUUCUUGAUUGCCGGUAUUUUCAUGGCUGUUGUUACGUGUACGGGUCUGAUUGGUGCAGGGACUAAUAAUGGUUGCUGUCUCUCCUGCCACUCUCUCGGCCUCGCCGUUCUGCUGAUGGCGCAAGCCGCGCUGGCAGCUGUUGUAUUCUUAAACGACAACUGGCAAGACUAUUUGCCGGCUGACCCCACCGGCCAGCUGGUCAAGACCAAGUCCUUCAUCGCUCAGCAUCUUCAAAUUUUUCAAGGGAUCGCCAUAGCUGUGGCUAGUGUUGAGGUUCUUGGUCUUCUCCUCUCCAUGUCACUUAAGGCAAUGCAAGGUGGUAGGAGACGAAGGGGAAGAGGAAGUGACAGCGACGACGAGUACGGGGUGAUAUCGAGGACAACAGCGAUUCGUCAGCCGUUGCUGCCACGUGUCCAGCCUGGAAGCAUGAUGCCACCGCCGCCACCACCGCUGACGGGGGCGCCAGCAGCAGCGGGUCAGGGUCCACCUAGGUCUGAUGCGUGGAGCCAGCGCAUGCGAGAGAGGUAUGGGCUCGAUGUUUCGGACUUCUCUUAUAAUCCAGAAGGGAGCAGAUAUGGCCAGCAACAACCGCAGCAGUCAAGGGUAUCUUCUCAAGACACGGAGAACAGUGGGGGGGGUUGUACGAUUAUGUGAGACCUGAGAAUGAGGGGGCGGGCGAGGAAAAGAAGAAACAAUACACGAAGGGAAGAGUAGGAGUGGUGGUUGGUAUGUGAGCUUUGUGGAGGGGGGAAGGGGAGACAGAGUAGUGGCAAAUCAGUAGAAAACCCAACGGCCGAUACGGGCCAAGGAAAAGAAUAAAGAAUACACGAAAGGAAGAGUAGGAGUGGUGGUUGGUAUGUGAGCUUUGUGGGGGUGGGGGAAGGGGGAAGAGAGUAGAGUGGCAAAUCAUUAGAGAACUCAAUGACCGAUACGAAAGAAUCUAAGUCCACACGAUUACUCCAUCUGUGUGGGACUUAGAUUAUUCCCACAAGUUCUAUGUGCGAAACAAAAGUUCCAUGUCCCACACAUGUCCCACGCAUGUCCCACACAAAUGGGGCUUAGAUUGUUCCCGCAAGUUCCAUGUGCCACCCCAAAAUCUUAGUCGCACACAUUUCCCACACAGAAAUCCAUGCCCACACAAAAUUAGUGGGACAUCUAGGACUGACAAAUCAUAUGAGAAUGUAACUCCAGGAUAGUGUGGGGUGUCUUCGAGUUAGCUUGGAGGAAGCGGGGGAGAUAGAGGAGGUGUUUCUUCGUUUCUGUUGGUAGCGAGAAGAGAGAGGAAGGUGGUUGCUGGUUGCUAUCUUUCAUCGAAAGAAAGAACGACAAAUCCCUUGUUCCCCGGGCCUCACAUACACCACACCCAACUCUGCACCCUUGUUAGAGACCUCCGCCCUGCACCCACCUCUCCGCCAUUCCCUUCCCGUAGAAGGAUAGCCAUCGCCGGAUGGCUCUAGGCUCUCCUUUCUUCAUCUCUCCUUCACACUCCCUUAGCAUACUCCCAUCUGUUACCUCUCCUGGCAACACACCCUAUCCUGGUCCUGCGAGAGCUUCUGUAGCAACCACGUUGGAUGACGUUUCUGAUUGCGUGUUUGUCCGACUUUUGAAUUCGUGUUCUUUUUUUCUCCCGUUUUCUUCUAGAAAUUUAGUUCUACGCUUAACAUGUCUCCAUGUCUGUCCGGCAUUCAAUGAAGUAGUUGAGUGGCUUUAGGAUGAUUUGAUGAAUUUGUUGAUUGGUUCAGGAUUCUUCGAUGUAAUUUCGCUCGUUCGCUACCAGUUGAUGCCGCCGAUGCCCGGUGCUCUCCCUGGUCUCUGUUUCCCAGUUGGCAGCCUUUGGAAUUUACCCCCCAUCCGGUCAAGUUGAAGGGUAGGGGGGGGGGGGGGGGGGGGUUAAUCAGUUGUCUGUAAGUAGUCCAGCUGGUCCUGUCGAUCUUAUCCGUUGUCAUUGAGUGCUCCAGCUGGGAGUGAUGUGAUUACGCACUAGUGUCUUUUCUAUUUUUGUGAACUAUCUAGUAUUAGGGUAUACGCACACUAGGACUUUUUGCACUAUGCUCUGGACUUGAUUUUCAGUCAGGUUCAUCGGGUUCUCGCCGCAAUUUCAGUCAGAUACAUUUAGAAAAGUCGUAGUGUGAAUACGCCCUUAGUGUUUCCUUGUUAUAUGGCCUGGCUGUAACUACUAAUAAGCUGCUAUAGAUCGUAUGGAUGGCUGAAUACUAUUGUCCGUUUCUUAUCCAUGUCUGGAUAUGAUAUGUAGUAGGAGACAUUUAGGACCAAUUUUCAAGUGGUUCGUUGUGGGGACGAGGAAGAUAUAAAUAGACCAAGAUAUAUAGUUAGAUAGAGUGCUGAAUUUGGCACGACCAUAAAGACAAAAGUUGAGUGUUGAAUUGGUAUGUAGUUGUACUGCGGCUUAAAUGCAGUAAGGAAAUGGAUAAGGUUGUGGAUAAAUAAGAGUGCGUAUAUGCGGACAACGAUAUAGUUGGAUACAGGAGCGCUAAAUUUGGCACGAGAACGAAAGGGGAAAGUGAGUGGUGGGUUGGUAUGUUGUUGUGCUGUGGAUAGACGGCAGUAAGGAAACGGAUAAGGUUGUGGAUAAAUAAGAGUGUGUAUAUGCGGACAAUGAUAUAGUUAGAUACGGGAGUGCUAAAUUUGGCACGGCGACAAAAGGGAAAAGUGAGUGGUGGAUUGGUAUGUAGUUGUACUGUGGAUACACCACAGUAAGGAAACGGACGAGGUUGUGGAUAAUUAGAGUGUGUUGAUGAGGAUGUAAAGGGUGGUUGUGGUUUGUUUGAAUAGCUUGGAAGAAGCAAUUCAGCGAAUAAAGUCUUUUUUCUUUUUUUUUCAAUUCUCUUUUCGCAAGUGUUCGUGUAACGGUGAUUGAAAUGCAUAUUAGAAAGAAAAAG